AUGGCAGAAACAAUCGUCUCUGUUAUUGCUGAGGAACUCUUGGGUAAGCUAUUCUCCCUUGCUUCCAAUAAAAUGGGCUUGGCAUGGGGUGUCCAAAAAGAUGCACAGGAGCUUGUUGACACCUUAACCACUAUCAAAGCUGUUCUCUUAGAUGCUGAGGACAAACAGAUCCAUAAUGAGAAGCUCAAAGUUUGGCUGGGAAAGCUUAAGAAUAUCUGCUACGAUGCCGAAGAUGUUUUAGACGAGAUUGAGGUGGAAGAUUUGCGUGAACAGGUGGUGAAUAGUCAAAGUAGUACUAGAAAGGUAUGCCGCUUUUUUUCAUCUUCAAAUUCAGUUGCAUUCCGUUUGACGUUGGGGCAUAAAAUCAAGAAGAUCAAAAAGAGGUUAGCAAAAAUAGCAGUUGAUAAGGAUAAUUUUAAUCUCACUGAGAAAGUUGAUAGCAAUCAUGUUAUUGGUUGGGAGAGGGAGAGGGAAACUCACUCAUUUGUGCGUGCUUCAGAUGUUAUUGGUAGGGAUAAAGAUAAAGAGAAGAUUAUGAAAUUACUAUUACGUCCAAGUGAUGGCCAUGAAAAUGUUUCUGUCAUUCCUAUUGUUGGGAUAGGAGGCCUAGGAAAAACCACGCUUGCCAAAUUGGUGUAUAAUGAUAAAAUGGUAGAGGAAUAUUUUAAGUUGAAAAUGUGGGUAUGUGUGUCAGAUGAGUUUGUUUUAAAAAAACUACUAAUUGACAUCAUCCAAUCUGCAACUGGGCAAAAAAAUAUUCAUGAGAAUAUAGACCAGUUGCAAAGAAUUCUACGUGAUAUCUUAAGCCAUGAAAAAUAUUUGUUAGUUUUGGAUGAUGUUUGGAAUGAAGAUUAUGGGUUGUGGGUUGAAUUAAGAAAUUUAUUGAUAGAAUGUGUUAGUGGAAGUAAAAUUAUUGUAACUACACGUAGUGAUCGUGUUGCCUCAAUUAUGGGCACUGUACCUACAUACAAGUUAGAAGGUCUUUCUCUUGACGACUGCUUGUUAGUGUUUGUUAAAUAUGCAUUUAAAGAAGGGCAAGAAAAGCAACAUCCAAACCUUAUGGAAAUUGGAAUAGAAAUUGUAAAAAAAUGUGGAGGUGUUCCAUUGGCAGUAAGAGCGUUAGGAAGUCUACUUUAUUCCUCAACUUCUGAACGAGACUGGAAAAAUUUGAGGGACAGUGAGAUUUGGAAGUUGGAUCAAAAUGAAAAUAACAUUUUAAAUGCUCUAAGAAUAAGUUAUAAUCAUCUGCCACCUCACUUGAAACAAUGUUUUGCUUAUUCUUCCAUUUUUCCAAAAGACCAUUCUUUUUAUAGUGUUGAUUUGGUUCAGUUUUGGUUGACCCAUGGGCUUCUUCAAUCCCACAAUGAAAAUCAAAAUUUGGAAACUAUUGGAUCGAAUAAGCAAGACAAUCAUGAUGAACUUAGUAGCACAUGGCCUCACCUUCGACUUCUUGUCAUGAAAGAAUUACCACAAUUGGUGGAAUUCCCGCAAUGGCUUAUUCAGUUUUCCACUAACACUUUGGAAAGUUUGGAGAUUCUAAAUUGUUCCAACUUGAAGGCACUACCAGAGUCGAUGCAGAAACUUAAAGUUCUUCAUGUUGUAAAUUGUCCAGAAUUGUCAUCUUUACCCAAAAAUAUGGAUUGUCUCAUCGCUUUGAUGGAACUUAUAAUUGAAGAUUGUCCUAAACUGAGCGAAAGAUGUGAACCGGAAAUAGGUAAAGAUUGGUCUAAGAUUGCUCAUAUUCCGAACAUUGAACUCGAUGGAAAGAUCAUCAAAUCAACAGAAAAUUAG